GGACGGUCCGGAUGUCUGGACAGGUCCGGAGAUGUCCGGACCAUUAAAAAAAAAAUAAAAAUGAAAAAAAGGUGUGUAAAUAAGACUACAGCUUUUCGUUGCUGUGGGCGAUUCACCGUCACCGCCGUACUUGGAUCCAGUUCUGAAGAUGCAAGGUGCAGUGGCAGAGCUGGGAUCUUCUUUGUAUGGAGGUAUUGCCACAUGGCAGGACACAGCUGCUGAUAGGCUUCCAAGUGCCCGCACAUCUAAGAAGACGUCAAGGCGUGGUUUUCUGUCGUCUGCGAUCAGUCAUCGUUACCCUCUGUUUGCAGAUCUUUUCCGUCCAUGUGGUCGUGGUCAGACUGAGGUGAGGCAGAGUGGCCGCUGCAGCGUAUCACCACACGCUUGCUUCCUCGUCUCAGGGCAAGUCUGUCGUGGAUGCGCGGACCAUCUCAGGAGAAUGUUUGCUAACAGUGUCCUUGCAUCUUCGCCACCGUUGUCGUCAUUGUCUCCGUCUAUUUCGCACUCUGGCGGCUGUGCGUCCGGCAAUGUUAAGGGAGGAGAAGGUGUUAGUGGGACUCUGUCCAGCUUCUUGCAGCAUGGCGGGCUUCAAGAUGGCGGUGUUCUCAGAAGGCGAGGAGGGUGGUCACAAGGAUUUGGGGGGAGAGGUGGGGGUGGAGGAGUGUGUACACCUGCGAUUGAUGUGACGGCAGCUGCAUUGACUUCUUCUGAGGAUGACGGCGACAAUAGGAGAACAAGCACCACCGUUACGAUACGCAGCGCAACAAGGGAGGAUGAGGAGGAGGAGGAGACACCAUCUGCAAGUGCUGCUGCUGCCACGACCGCUUUGGACCGCGAUCUCGGCCUGGGAUUGACUGAGCUGACAGCCAUAUCUCCGGUUGAUGGCCGGUACGGGGACAAGCUGAAAAAGAGCCUUCGAGCUAUUUUUAGCGAGUAUGGCCUGAUUCGCUAUCGAGCGCUUGUGGAGGUGCGAUGGCUUCAGAAACUCUCAGAAAUUCAGGGGGUAAGUGAGGUGCCACCGCUGAGCGAGUCUGCCCAACGGCUUCUUGAGGAAAUCGCAAGUGGGUUUGGAUUGGAGGAUGCGGCAAGGGUGAAGGAGGUGGAGCGAAUAACCAACCAUGACGUCAAGGCGGUCGAGUAUGUUCUGAAGACGCUUCUCGGAACCGACCCAGAACUUUCUAGAGUGUUAGAGUUUGUUCAUUUUGCUUGCACGUCGGAGGACAUCAACAACUUAGCCCAUGGGUUGAUGCUGAAGGAGGCGUUGGAGAAGCAGCUGCUUCCAGCCAUGGAUGGCAUCAUUUCGGCGCUUCGGCGGCUGGCACAUUUGCAUGCAGACAAGCCAAUGCUUUCGCGAACGCAUGGGCAGCCAGCCUCUCCGACGACGGUGGGAAAAGAGAUGGCCAUCUUCUGCUACAGACUGGCGCGGCAGAGGGAGGCCCUAGGGAAGACUCGGCCGAUGGGCAAGAUAGCUGGCGCGGUGGGAAACUACAAUGCGCACAUGGUCGCCUAUCCGGACGUCGAUUGGCAGGCUGUGGCGGAGAGCUUUGUGACCUCUCUUGGCCUGGACUUCAAUCCAUACACCACGCAAAUCGAACCGCACGACUACUUAGCGGAAGUGUUUGAUUGCAUCACGCGGUUCAACAAUAUCUUGAUCGGUUUCGACCGGGACGUGUGGGGCUACAUCUCGCUGGGGUACUUCAAGCAGAAGACCGUGGCGGGAGAGGUGGGGUCGUCGACAAUGCCGCAUAAGGUCAAUCCGAUCGACUUUGAGAACAGCGAAGGAAACCUUGGUAUCGCCAACUCCUUGUUCAAUCAUCUCAGCGGAAAGCUUCCUAUCUCACGGUGGCAGCGAGACCUAACCGACUCCACAGUGCUUCGUAACCUCGGUGUGGGUAUCGCCCACAGCAUGAUUGCCUACCAGAGCACAAUGCGGGGUAUAAGCAAACUAGAGGUGGAUCAGCAGCGGAUUAACGAGGAUCUGGACGGCUCGUGGGAAGUUCUAGGCGAGCCGAUUCAGACGGUAAUGAGGAAGUACGGCGUUGAGAAACCCUAUGAGAAGCUGAAGGAGUUCACGAGGGGGAAAAGCGUGUCGCAGCAAAGCCUGAGGGAGUUUAUUGACGGGCUGGAGAUUCCUCCAGAACCGAAGCAGCGAUUGAAAGAACUGACACCUCACACGUACAUCGGCAAUGCCGCACAGCAGGCACAUAAUGUGUAACUUUGCUCACCAGGGGGAAAGGCGUGUCGCAUCAAAGCCUGAGGGAGUUUGUAUGCCAUUAUCGUGACAUCAACGUCGUUGUCACUCUCCCGUCAUUGUGCUUGUGGUCGUCAUUGGUCAUGGCAGUACCGUACGAAUAGUAGUUGUCAUCGUCGUCAUGUUACGAUGGUAGUGCACUAGUCGUAGCUUCAGCAGUGGUUGUUGCCGCAGCAGUGGGAAAGAGGUCAUGCGAAGUUGUGUGGUUUUCCCUGCGCGAUUGUGUUUAUUGAAUUCUGAAGAUCCAGAGUGGCAGGAGCAGCAAGCCGAGUACUCCUUGAACAACUUGCCGGCCAAGUGUGCUAUCGGAGAGGGGUUACUAAGCUAUCAUAAUGUCGGACGACCUGCAAACGCACAGAACGAAUGAAAAAAAAAAGGGGAAAGAGGAAGGAAAGUGAACGGGCGCGUGCAGAGAGCUUUUUCAGAGUCUCCAGAGUUAGUGCAUUGCUGCUGAAGAUGGCUAUGGUGAUGUGUGCUUAAACCACCAGCACCCCGCCCGGCUAUUUUUAUCAGCGUCACGGCACAUACAAAGGGCUUAAACCACCAGCACCCCGCCCAGCUAUUUCUUCAGCGGUGCGGGGCAUACACCGCGGCCAUGUAAUAAGAAGCACAGUGAGUAGAUGAGCUGCCAGCUUGUUGAGUCUAGAGGGAUGGGCAGGCAACCGGUUAUAUGCUGAGACAAUUACUGAUGGGCAGAAGCAGACAGAGUGGCUGUCUGACAAACUGACAGGCAGGCAGACAGACAGACAGAGAAUCUGAUCGACUUGCAGAAGAGCUUGAGAUCGACUAACUGCCUGGCAGGCAGGCAGGCAGGUAGAUUGACAGUAUAACUGAAAUUCUGACUGCAAUCAUUAUGCCGGAAAUAGACAGACCACUAUAUGGAUGACGGUCUGACAUAGACUUAAGCGCACAGAGUGGCUGUCUGACAAACUGACAGGCAGACAGACAGACAGACAGAAUCUGAUUGACUUGCAGAAGAGCGUGAGAUCGACUAACUGCCUGGCAGGCAGGCAGGCAGGCAGACCACUAUACGGAUGACGGUCUGACAUAGACUUAAGCACACAGAUUGGCUGUCUGACAAACUGACAGGCAGACAGACAGACUGGCUGUCUGACAGUCCGACAGGCAGACAGAGAUCACCGUUCCGAAAAGUUUGAGAGAGACUAUAACUGGCCGGCAGACAGGAAGACGGAUAGGAGCUGAGAUGGUAAUUGCGAUGCCGAGACGGACCGACAACUAUACAGAUGACAAUGGUCUGUUGCCGUGGCCUGACGUAGGCUGACCUUGACUGACACGGGCUGACACAAGCUGACCGCGUUCGAUGCACAGUCUGGGUGACAGAGGCUGACUGUCGGAUCAGAGAAGACUAGAGGGCAGACAGUGAAUGGGGCUGAUGAUGAGACGGGGGGCUUGCUCCACGACUCAACAUUCUACAUGCAUUUGGAUGCUUUCUGGACCAGGUGCAUUCGGACAAAUCCAUUUUGAAUAUCAGGACGUCAGACGAUGAUGGCCUGCCAUAGGCUGACAUUGGCUGCCAUAGGCUGCCAUAGGCUGAGAUGGACUGACUGUCAGAAACGAGAUGACGGACAGACAGAAGAGGUCAGGAUGUGUGGCAAACGAGGUGGCUGUGAGAGAGGAACUGGAGGGCAGAGGGGCCGAUAGAGGCUUUAGACAUGGGGCCUCACUCCACGACUCAACAUUCCGAAUGCAUUUGGAUGCUUUCUGGACCAGGUGCUUUCGGACGAGGCCAAACUUUGAAUGCAUCGGGACAAUUAUUAGCUCCAGAUAUGUACAGUGUUGUUGUAUUGGAGUGGGCCCCGUGGACUGAAAUGCCGGGGAUAGACGGAUGGCUACAUGGGCAAUAUGACCAGACGCUGACAAGAUUUGCUGUACAUGAAAUGACAGUCUCGCUGGCCUAGUUUUUUUUGUUUUGUUUUGUUUUUUGACAGACUUGCCGUACAUGAAAAUGAUGACGGUCUCGAUAGCGUAGGCUGACUGGUAGAUGGGAGAAGAACGACAGAAAGAAGAGGUGUGGAUUAGAGACAGAAGAGGUGAGCACGAGAGAUAGAAGAGGUGCGCUGGAGAGGGAGGCUGCGUUUUAUGGUUCAUGCCCCUCUCUCUUCCAUUCAAUGGCCACCCCUUGCUGCUGUGUUUAUGAUAUUUUCAUCAUUGGUCUUUGAAGAGUCUGAAGAAAAACUUCUUUCUGUUUCUUUUUUUUUUUUCCGUUCUCUCGUCCCUUUCAAAAAAAAGUUAAUGAUGCUGCAAAGGGACGAACUUUUGAAGAGUCUGAAGACUCUGAACUUUCGCAGCAUUAUUAACUUUUUCAGAGUUUUUCUUGAGGUGACAAGGCUAGAGUUUUUUUUUUUUUCCCCCCCCUCUUCUUGUUCCUUUUCUUGCGAGGUGGUGAGUAGAGUUCUCUAUUUUUGUAUUUUCCGUUUUUCCCUUUUUUUUUCCCCCGUCCUGUUCGUAGCGCAAUUUUAAAAUU